UGUUUCAAGCACACAGUUCAGUAAUGUGUUGUGAUCUUGGAGUGUUUCCAUAGGAUCAAAAAAAUCUGUUUAUUCCCUCCCACCAAUGUCAUGUGCUUUGGCAUACUAAUCUUUUAGGGGCCACCUUCUAGAUAACAGAGAAAUAAUAUUAUUUCUUUGAUGGAUGAUUUUGUUUGUUUUAAAUACAGUUCACAGGGAAGAAAUGGGACUGAAAUUUCUGCACCUUCAGACAAGAUCUUUCCAUGCUUUAACAACAGUAUGCCGAUGCCAAAGCUUUGACAAAACUGGAUGUCUACUAUUMAAGCUGGAUAAUGAAGUUGAAAGAACAGCAAAGUCUUGGAAUUUGCAUACUCUGAUAACUGCAUUCCCGUGGUUGACAAGUCRAUGUGUGCAAGUCAAGAAUUGGCAGUUUCUACAAGGAUUUUUAUCCACUUUGGGAAGAAAUGUUUAUUAUCAGAAUGGGGAGGGUUUUUUCUCAUCCUGGAGACGUUUGAGUGUGACAAUGAUGGCAAACUACAGGCUCAAUGCAGAGUGGAUCAGAAGGCUUAGGAGCACGUCAUCAAGAUUUUAUGCAGUUGUAUCCACYGGUAAAAUCAUGCCCAAACCCAAUAACCAGCAGGUUAAGAGGCCGCCAAAGGCACCGAGGACCAAGCAACCAUCCAGAACUAACCUGCCACUCUCAGACRUGAAGAAUCUGAUGCAGUGCACAGCCUUUGCAACAGCAGAUGAAUAUCAUCUUGGUAAUCUGUGUCAUGACCUGACUUCACAUGGAUGUGUUGAAAUAACAAGUUUGCCUAGAGAUGCUGCAAAUGUUUUGGUGGUCAGUACUGAGAAAUCUGCAAAAGAAAAUGAUCCUGGCAUGAUUUUUUUCUUCAGGGAAGGGGCUGUUGUAUUUUGGAAUGUGGAAGAGAAAUGUAUGAAGAAUAUCAUGCGAGUCCUAGAGCAGCAUGAAAUCCAGCCAUACGAAGUUGCACUGGUCCAUUGGGAGAAUGAAGAGCUGAACUAUAGAAUAGGAGAAGGUCAGUCAAAGCUCCAUAAAGGACAAAUCUUGUUAAAUUCUGAGCUGGAUAGUGAUGAAGUUGUUCUGCAGAAAUUUGCCUUUUCAAAUGCUCUUUGUCUUUCUGUAAAGCUGGCUAUUUGGGAAUCAUUACUGGAUAACUUUGUGGAAUCUAUCCAGUCAAUUCCUGAGAUUCUAAAGUCACGAAGGAAGAUAAAACUCUCUCAUGCAGAUGUGAUGCAGAAAAUUGGAGAACUCUUUGCACUAAGGCACCGUAUAAAUCUGAGCUCAGAUCUACUAAUAACACCUGACUUCUACUGGGACAGAGAAAAACUGGAAGAGCUCUAUGACAAGACUUGCCAGUUUCUCAACAUUAAUCGCAGAGUUAAGGUAAUGAAUGAAAAGCUCCAGCACUGCAUGGAGCUGACAGACCUAAUGCGCAAUCACCUGAAUGAAAAGCAUGCUCUGCGCCUUGAGUGGAUGAUAGUAAUACUCAUCACCAUAGAGGUUCUGUUUGAACUUACAAGGGUAGUUUUCUGAUGGCAGAAGAAACUCAGGAAGAAGGAAAUUAACAAAGCAAUAAAGACCUCAAGGCCUGGGAAAUGCUCUUCAUAUGUUUCUGGAGAAUCAUGAAAUUGUGUCUCGAUAGAUCUCUAAAUCUUAUUCUACUCAAAUAAAACACACAAAAAAAAUCAGUCUGUGAACAUUAUUCCCA